GUAGUCCUCGUAAAUUCUCAUCCUUCUCUCUCUCUCUCUCCGAAACAUGUUGAUCUCCAAAUUCUGCCCAAGAACUCCCACCCGCAUCAAGGACCUCUUCUUACUCCUCUCCUCUCUCCUCAUCCUCUACCUCCUGCACCGCCCCACCCCCCCUACCCCCUCUCUCCUCCAACUCCCCACCUCCCCUCCCACCGGACCCACCCCUCCCACCUCCCUCCACCACCUCCUCUUCUCCAUCGCCUCCUCAUCCCGCUCCCUCCCCUCCCGCUCCCCCUUCCUCCGCCUCUGGCACUCCCCUAACACCACCCGCACCUACCUCUUCCUAGACCAACCCACAGUACCCAAUCCCCACCCCGACCCCACCCUCCCCCCAACCCUAGUCUCCUCCCCCACCUCCUCCUUCCCCUACUCCUUCCCCCGCGGCUCCCGCUCCGCCGUCCGAAUCGCUCGCAUCGUCAAGGAAUCCGUCUCCCGCCUCGACACCUCCGGCGUGCGGUGGUUCGUGUUCGGCGACGACGACACGGUCUUCUUCACCGACAAUCUGGUGCGGACCCUGUCGAAGUACGACCACGAGGAGUGGUACUACAUCGGGAGCGGGUCGGAGGGGUACGAGCCGAACGUGAACAACUCGUUCGGGAUGGCGUUCGGAGGGGGAGGGUUCGCGAUCAGCGCGUCGCUGGCGAGGGUUUUGGCUGGGGUCUUGGACUCGUGUUUGAUGAGGUACUCGCACUUGUACGGGAGUGAUGCUAGGGUUUUCUCCUGCUUGGCGGAGCUCGGCGUGGAGUUGACGCGUGAACCAGGGUUUCAUCAGGUUGAUGCUCGAGGAGACAUCUUUGGAAUGCUUUCAGCCCAUCCGCUAUCACCUUUGUUGUCUCUUCAUCACGUAGAUCACGUGGACCCCAUUUUUCCUAACAUGACCAGGACUAAUGCUUUGGGACACCUUUUCAAAGCUGUGAACGUUGAUCCUGGCAGAGUUUUGCAGCAAACUGUCUGUUACGAUCGGUCAAACUCAUUGACAGUUUCAGUAGCAUGGGGUUAUGCCAUUCAGGUGUUUGAAGGCAAUUAUUAUCUUCCGGAUCUUCUUCGUAAGCAGAGGACAUUUAGUCCAUGGAGAAGGAAUAAGGAUAUUUUAUCAAAACUUUAUAUGUUCGAUACGAGUGAGUAUGUUAGUGAUCCAUGCAAAAGACCUGUUGUCUUCUUUCUGAAAAGUGCUGUUUCUCGUUCAAAGCAUGUCUAUACUGACUACAGCAGGCGCGUUGUUGGAAAUUGCUCUAGAACCAGGGCAGUGAAUGAUUUGAAACAGAUCAGAGUGUUCUCGCAAAAGCUAGAUUUGGAUGUUGGAGAGGUGAAGGUUCUCCGUCGUCAAUGCUGUGAUAUUUUACCAUCUUUCCGUAAAUCGAUGGUUAUUAAUAUCAGACAAUGCGGAGUCGAUGAAUUGGUAUCAAUGCAGACAUAGAAACUCUGUUGGAAUUGCUGCUAACUAGACUAAGAAACUUGGAGUUGUUUUCCACUUUAGCCUCUUGCUGAUACUGCUUUACAUAAACACAAAGGUAAUUUCUUAUAAUACCGAACUGAUCUAGUUACUGCCUUUUGUUUUGCUUCCAAGAGUAUGCUGGGUUGUCUGAAACUGUGGCCUUUUCAGUGCAUUUUUUGUAUUUUGAUGCCUUUCUGGGCCGAGUACAGGAGAGACAUUUCUUUUUUUUUUUUUCUGCUGUAAAAGGGUAGUAUGGCAUCCUGUUCACUCGCUUUUGAUUUUGUCAUUUUCUAUUUUGCACACGUUUUCCCUUUUAUCCUGGGAGGACAGGUGGUGUUGGUUAAAUUUAUCACAAAAUUUCGUCUUAUUUAACUUGGGUGGGUUACUACUUACUUAGCUUUGUCUUUUGUACACUCUGGAAUUGUCGAUAGAUAAAGUUAUUGUCCAAAAACCUUUUGGAUGAACCUGUUGUCAUCUUAAGUUUGCACCGAGGCCCCUGUGGUUUGUUAAGGUGGUCUAAAGUUUCUCCGCAUCCUUCCAGUUGUCUUUACUAGCUUGAAGAUGAUGAUGGAUUGUUGGGUGAAGCCUGAAGCCAUCACAUAUCUUGGGUUAGGAUUGUUUGGGCUUAAGAGUAGAACUUUAGAGGAACCCCUCCUCUCCAGUCAUACUUGGGUCAAGUGAAGCUGUAUCUUUCUUCCAUUGCAACUGCAAAAGCCUUGUUCUUCUUUCAUUCAAUUGAGGAAUUUGAAGAUAGGUAGACACAAACAGACUCCAUAUCUUGUGCCCAGCUGAUAACUAUUGCCACAACCUAGGAAGGAUUUGAUUUUGAGUGCAAAACCAGUGUAGUGGGAUACACUCUUUUUCCGCGAUGAUGCUAACAUUUGGAAACAUGUCCCGAACUGAAAGGUUUUCCUGGUUUUCAGCUGUCAUUGAACUUUUUUGUAGUGGGGUUAAUUGGUGUACAUUGUGUAAGAUGGGAAUUCUCAGGAUUUUGUUCUUU